GAUUAGCUAGUGUCAACGCCAAAGUCACCAGUAACUUUAAUCCACACAGCGCAAACAUCGUUAGUGAUGACACAAAGUUAAAGUUAAAACAUUUGAUCUGAUACACUGUCGGCUGUGACAUUGGCUAACCGUCACACUUUCGUUAGCUAACGUAACUAAGACAGUUACACCGUAAAGUUGGUAGUGAAAUGCUAACUAGGUAGCCAGCUAAUGUAGCGGCCGCUCCCAAGGGCGACUUGAAGAAGAAUCUCACAAUGUUUGGUGCCCUUCAUGCUUGUGGGAUGAACAGCUCAAUGGCAGACCUGGACACAACACAAAACAAGCAGGAUCACAUGAACACUGAUAACCAUUCUUCAAAAGACUGUGACUCUGAGAAGGACAGCAAUGUCCACGCUGUUCCUGCAGAGACUGUUCCUGUGUGGGCGGGGUCCCCUUCAGAUGUCAGCGGGCCUGGGGUACUUUCUCAUCCUCACCAGAGUACUCUUCAGCCAGGAAUGGUGGACCCUCUAACCUUAAGGUUCCACUGUCCCUGUCAAUCCACUCAGUGUCAGCUGACUUACCCGGACUACGUCCUGGAGCCCCAAUCAAGUCAGUAUCACCUCCUCCCCGGACCUGUACCUGGUCCACCAGACAGCAGCCAACACAGCUCCGUUUCUGCUCCUUGGUUUACCAAUGAACCCAUUCUCUGCACCAUGAUGCCGGGAGACUUGCAUGCCCCUUUAGCCAGCAUCUGUUUACCACAGCCAGUUGACCAUCAUCAGUUUCAGGAGGGAAUGACUGAAUUUACAUCCCACAUGACACAGCCUGUGGUGUGUAAUGUGAAUGGGGAUGGAGAGUUGGUGCUGGUUAACCCCUGUGAACCAGGACCGGUGUUCCUCACCCUGACAUCCGCUCAAGGGAAAGAUGUGAGUGUGUUGGGGACUCCCAGCCAGUUUCCCCAGUACCACCAGACAACAUGUCCCCUGUAUGAGUCCAGAGACAUGCAGCCUCAAGCCCCUCCAGCACGAACGGCUGGAACUUUGUGUGAAUCAAAGUCCAGGAAGCCUUGUCACUGUACCAGAUCCCAGUGCCUCAAACUCUACUGUGAGUGUUUUGCCAACGGAGUGAUGUGCAGAAACUGUGACUGCUCGAACUGCCACAACAACGCAGAGCAUGAAGUGAAGCGUCACAAGGCAAUUAAGUCCUGUUUAGGUCGGAACCCAGAUGCCUUCAGGUCUAAGAUUGCUGGUGGGAAGUCCGGAGAGGUCAAAGGUUGGCACAACAAAGGUUGCAACUGCAAACGCUCCGGCUGCCUUAAGAACUACUGCGAGUGCUAUGAGGCCAACAUCAUGUGUACCUCCAGCUGUAAGUGUGUUGGCUGCAGGAACUACGACGACGGCUCAGACAUGGGCCUCAAUGAGAAGGCCGUCGAUGUCAUCGGCAGAUGGCCUGUAUCAGUGAUAACUCCCGCUGUGGUGGAGGCUGCGUGUGGCUGCCUGCUGGCCAAAGCCGAGGAGGCCGAGAAGGAGGCCCAGAGCGGCGCCGAGGCUGAGUACAUGGUCCUGGACGAGUUCGGACACUGUCUCACACAGAUCGUCAAGGCCAUGUUCAAGUACAAUACAUACUGAUUUAUACUUGUGGACACGUCUCAGGGUGAAAACUUCAAAACCUCAUCCGGUUAGGAAAAGAAGAAAAACAGCUGUGUUUUCAUCUGGACCAACAUGGAUAUUUUUAUUCAUACUUUACAGAUAACUUUUACUUUUAACCUGUGCAGUUUGAAGGCUUCAUAUGACAACAGCAAUACACUAAGAAAGGACCAAA